CAACCAUGUCCAAGAUCAAGAAGUUCUUCAGCCGCAAGAAGGAGGAGGCAGCGGCCUUUAAGCUCAAGCUGACCGGCAGCGGCAUGGGCGAGGGUCACAAGCUGAAUGCCCCCAAGCAGGAACAUGCAGCUCCUUCCGGCUCUGGUUCCCGCAAAAAGUACGAAGCCUAUGUUCCACCCAACCGUAAUGAGAUAAGCCAAGAGGCCAGGAAGGCGGCCAAUGCGGCACUGGCUCGUAUUGACAAGAAAACCUCGCGGGAUUUCAACACCUCGUUGUCGGCGGUAAAGGCUCAGGCCAAGCGAGAACUGGAGGCCGAGCGCCGCCAGAAGGAGGAGCAGCAGGCAAGUGCGGAGGCCUCUGCCUCCAACACCAGUGCUUCCGGCGGCGAUAAUCGGAACCUGGCCUGCGAGGGAGUCUUCUUCCGUUGCCCCAUGAUCAGCGAAGAGGUUCUACCUAAAGCCGUGUGGAAGGCCAAGAUCAAGGAGUUCCUGUACCAGCAGCUGGAGGGAGAUCGAGGUCUCACCGCCUGCCUAAUCAUUCACAAUUGUAAUGUGAAGGAGAAGGCGGACGAGUGCAUUGCGACGCUCAUUCGGUAUCUGGAGAACCUCAUCAACAGUCCCACCGAGGAGAAGUUCUGCAAGAUACGCAUGUCGAACAGGAUCUUCAGCGAAAAGGUGCGACAUGUGGAGGGCGCACUUGAUGUCCUUCAGGCAGCUGGCUUCAGCGAGGUCGAGAUAGACGGAGAGCCGUAUCUGCUGUGGACCAGAGAGCAAACCGAAGAGGAUCUCGACUUGCCCACCCUGGUGGAAGCGUUAAAGAACUCGGAGACAAUUCCCCUGGAGCUCGACAGGAAUAUAAAGGUUCUCCUGCCAUCGCAGGCUCGGAGGGUUGUCCUGCCCGAUGAGUUCUAUCGCCUUUCACCCGAGGAGAUUAAGAAGGAGCAACAGCUGCGCUCGGACGCCAUCGCCCAGGCCCAAAUGCUGAGGACCAAAGCCAUGCGGGAUCGAGAGGAGCAGCGCAAUCUGCGCAUGUAUCGUUACGCCUUGGUCAGGGUUAAGUUCCCCAACGGACUCUUCAUACAAGGCACUUUCAACGUUUACGAGAAAAUCGCAGACGUGUUUGAGUUCGUGCAAUCAUGUUUGGCCGACGAGAGCCUCGACUUCAGCCUGGUGGCCACCAGCGAGGGCAAGCUGGGCGAGGAAGACCUAGAGAAGACCCUUUACGACUGCAAACUCAUUCCAAACUCCCUUUUGCUGUUUAGCGCAAACGGAGUGGCUUCUGCUGCCCAGGCCGAUCUUAAUUAUUUAAAAGAAGAACUUCUGAUGUUGGUACAGGCCAUGUAGGAGUAUUAAUCCAGCGGCACUUGUAACUUUAUUUAUAUUUUACCCCAGCUGUUGUUAUUUAUUACUUUCAAAUCUAUUAUUCAAAAUCAAAUAUAACGCACUUUACA